CAGAGUUAACGAAGAAAGACAGAAAGUUUAUCCGAAUAUAGCGAUAACAUCUUUGCAUGAAAAAAAUAUUAGACACGAAUCUGAAAUUGGUUGGUCAUAUUUACAUUUUAUAAAUUCCCCCCCUUUGAAACCAAAGAGUCUAGGGUUUGAGUGUUGAAAAAAAUUCCCAUAGGGGGUGUCGGUAGACAGUCGUUGUCAAGUUGUUCACCAGUAAGGUGCUUUGUAGUUUUCAUUCCUCCCUUCUUUAACACAACUAUGGGCACCAGAGACGAUGAAUACGAUUAUCUCUUUAAAGUCGUGUUGAUUGGAGAUUCUGGAGUCGGUAAAAGUAACCUGCUCUCUAGAUUUACUAGAAAUGAAUUUAACCUGGAAUCCAAGUCCACCAUAGGAGUGGAGUUUGCUACUAGGAGCAUACAGGUGGAUGGAAAGACAAUUAAAGCUCAGAUUUGGGACACAGCUGGACAGGAACGUUAUCGAGCCAUUACAUCUGCUUACUAUCGUGGAGCUGUUGGUGCCCUCUUAGUGUAUGAUAUUGCAAAACAUUUGACAUAUGAAAAUGUGGAAAGGUGGUUGAAAGAACUUCGUGACCACGCUGAUCAAAACAUUGUCAUCAUGUUGGUUGGAAACAAGUCUGAUUUGCGGCACUUGCGAUCAGUUCCUACGGACGAAGCUCGAGCAUUUGCUGAACGUCACAGCUUGUCGUUCAUCGAAACAUCGGCUUUGGAUUGCACUAACGUGGAGACCGCCUUUCAUAAUAUUCUAACUGAGAUCUACCGCAUCGUGUCUCAGCGACCGAUGCACGACAGCCCGGAUGAAGACUCUCCCCCAGGAAAUUCCGGUCCUAUUCAAAUUUCGCCGACCGAACCCAACGCAGGAAGUAAAUCCAAUUGCUGCAAGGCGUAAAAGAUACUAAAAAGACAGAAAGUCCAAAACAAAAAACGACAUCGUCGCUAUUCAAUAAACGACCGAUCGUUCAACCUUUAUUCCUCUUCAAAAAAACAAGAAAUUAAAAAAGAAAAGAAAUU